ACAUCAGAAAACAGAGCAUGUUAUCCCCCCUCUCCCCUUCUCGCAGGCAGCCCCCAUCUCCGUAUCCACUCACUCGUUUGAUAACAACACCAAUUCCCAAGUCUUCCAUUCCCUCCUUGUCUGCUGUUGCCGCCUUCCUCGUGUGUCAUUCCAAUGGGCCCUACGCUUUCGCCACUCUUCACCUCGGUAUUCCCUUUGCUUAAAAAAUUAAAAACACAACCCUUAGGAUUUUGUACGACCAUUUUAAUAGCUUCCUUUAUUUAUUUUACCAAGCGUUUUCAUUUUCACUUCUUCCGAAUCCACUGCCUCCAAAUUACUACUGGGUAUUUCUUGUCGAAUAUGCGAUUUGCGGUACUUUUUUUGAAAUACUUUUUCCUAUAAAAAUGAAAACCAUUCAUCCGAAACCUCAUUUUUGUUGUUGUUAUAAAAUGACAUUUAUAUAUUUUUUUUCACGAUACGGUGCGUGAUGACGAUAACAACGAUUUGCUCCACUGAACAGAGUACUCUCUCGAAUGUACUGACAACGAAACGGCAGAGAGGAGGAUUCCCUCUUAAGGAGGCAGGCGAAAGGCAAGAUGGCGGUGGAUGGCGGCUUGGCUGGCCUUUUACCCGCUCAGACCCAGUUGGAUUCCGCGCUCGAGGAAGCAGGGACAGCUCAGGAGAAGAACAACCUGGUAUAUCAGCACCUGCGCAAGGUGGAUACCUGGGAGCGGGAUUUGAAAGUCCCCGAGUUCGGAGCAGAUCUACAAUGGCUGAAUACUGAAGGUCCCCUCUCUCUGUACAAAGACCUUUGUGGAAAAGUGGUGGUGUUAGAUUUCUUCACAUACUGCUGCAUCAAUUGUAUUCACCUGCUACCUGAUCUUCAUGAGUUAGAGCAGAAGUACUCUGCUAAAGAUAACGCAUACAACUCUGGGUUGCUCUGGAUACUUGAAUUGUUAUUAAUCCUCCCUUCACCGCAGAUACUGUUUCUGUUCAGCCUUGGUAAUUACCUUGCCCUCCCUUCUGAUGGUCUCCUUGUUGUUGGUGUCCACUCGGCAAAAUUUCCAAAUGAAAAGGUUCUGGAUAACAUCAAAAGUGCUGUUCUUAGAUACAACAUCACUCAUCCUGUGGUAAAUGAUGCUGAUGCAACUCUCUGGCAUGAGCUAGAAGUGUCCUGCUGGCCAACCUUGAUCAUUGUUGGACCUCGUGGGAAUAUGCUGUUCACUCUUGUUGGCGAAGGACACAAGGACAAAUUAUUUCUGUUUACAUCCAUAGCCCUAAAGUAUUACAGAGAGCAAGGACAAAUCAAUGCUAAUAAAAUUAGAGCACAGCUGUAUAGAGACUCUUUGACACCUUCGCCUUUACUCUUUCCUGGCAAAGUUACAGUGGACAGUUUUGGAGACAGAUUGGUAAUAGCAGAUACUGGACAUCACAGGAUUUUGGUUGUCAGGAAAAAUGGUCAAAUUCUACACACUGUUGGAGGACCAAACAGUGGAAAAAAAGAUGGAAUGUUUUCAGAAGCGUUAUUCAGUUCACCACAAGGGGUGGCUAUAAAGAACAAUAUUGUUUAUGUAGCAGAUACAGAAAACCAUGUGAUUAGGAAGAUUGACCUUCAGUUAGAGAUGGUGAGCACUGUUGCAGGAGUUGGAAUACAAGGCACAGACAAGGAAGGCGGAUCCAGAGGAGAUGUACAGCCUAUUAGUUCACCAUGGGAUGUAGUCUUUGGAACUUCAGUUUCAGCAGCUCAUGAAGACGAUGUUCUGUGGAUUGCCAUGGCAGGUACCCAUCAAAUCUGGGCACUCAUGCUGGAAAGUGGAAAACUGCCCAAAGGAAGUGACUUAAAAAAAGGAAUCUGCCUUCGGUUUGCCGGGAGUGGAAAUGAAGAGAACCGAAACAAUGCAUAUCCCCAUAAAGCAGGCUUUGCCCAGCCUUCUGGUCUGUCUAUUGCUGCUGAAGAGCCUUGGAACUACCUUUUUGUAGCAGACAGUGAAAGUAGCACUGUGCGUACCAUUUCUCUGAAAGAUGGAGCCGUGAAACACCUUGUAGGAGGAGAAAGAGACCCAAUGAAUUUAUUUGCCUUUGGAGAUGUUGAUGGAGCUGGAAUAAAUGCAAAGCUGCAGCAUCCCUUAGGAGUAACCUGGGACAAGAAAAGGAACCUCCUUUAUGUUGCAGACUCCUAUAAUCAUAAGAUUAAAUUUGUAGAUCCCAAAAUGAAGAACUGUGCUACGUUGGCAGGUACAGGAGAAGCAAGCAAUGUCAUUGGUUCCAGCUUCAUCUCCUCAACUUUUAAUGAACCAGGAGGCCUGUGUGUUGAAGAGGGAGGCCAUUUACUCUAUGUUGCAGACACAAACAAUCAUCAAAUUAAAGUGCUGGAUUUAGAAACCAAAAUUGUUUCACUGCUACCUCUCUUGAAUGCUGACACAGUAGAUACUGCAGAUGGUCCAUUUGUGCAAAAGACGGAUAUGACAAAAUUACCAAAGCUGCCUAAAUCUGCACCAAAUCUUCAGCUGCCUUCACUGACUGUAAGCCCUGGCCAAGCACUUAAGUUCACACUGAAACUCAGCCUUCCUCCAAAUACUAAACUGACUGAAGAAGCACCCAGUUCGUGGUUUCUGACAUCAGAAGGCAAUGAGUGGCUGCUUCAUGAACAGAAUAUAUCUGGAGAAAUUGAGGACAUUUCUAAACAGCCUGUAAUCCCAUUGCAAAUACCCAUGAACUGCCUAUCAUCCGAGGUUGUACUGUCAAUCAAUGUGUGCCUCUAUUACUGUAGCAAGGACAGCAGUGCCUGUAUGAUGAAAGGAAUCUCGUUCAACCAGACUUUCAUUAUCGCUAAUGCAAACCAAGGUGGAACAUCUCCAAUUGAGCUUACAUACGCAUUUUAACGAAACCAAAGCAAAAGAACACAUAUUUGCAUUCUAAUUGCUACUGCCUAAUUUUCUAAAUACAAGGAGAAAUAUUUGUGGACAUGGGGUUCCCCCCUCCCUCACCCCUUCGCUUCCAGUCUUCCAGCAAAGUGCAACAAAUUCAGCAAUGUAGUUCAGUUCCAAUUUCACCUUGAAAGUCUGUCAAUAAUUCUGGUAAGCUUGAGCAGAUAAAGUAGAAAUACCUUGGGCUGACUCAUGUGAAAGGAACAAAAUUCUAAUCCUUUAUUUCUUGCGGCAUAAGCAAUAAAUACAGAAGUGGGUUUGGAUCAUUGUGUGAAUGGUGGAUAAUCUUGAGUAAGGAUCAGCCAUUCCAUCUUAAUACUAUAAUAUCCUAUAAGAAAUGGUCAAACUCAUUUUGGACUAAAGAAAAGCCUAAGUGUUAUUCUCCUGGAACAGAUUGCUGAAACACCAACUUUUUUUUCUUUAUUACAAAUACUAUUUUCUCAUCUUUACUAUUCUGUAUUUAAGAAACUGAUGUCUUCUGAAAUAAUUCUAAAUGUGUUAGGAUUUUUUUUGCAAAUGAGAUCAGUUAUAUAAAACUAACAUUUAUGCCAUAUGUUUCUGGGAUAACAAUUUAUGAGAGGUCCAUUAUGAAACAGAAAACUAUCUGCCUAUCAGUGGCAUUCUGUAUUUUUUCUCUUAACUGCCAUGCCUAUUCACAUAUAAUGGUGAAAACUUCAGUACAUAAUGGUUUUAGGCUAAAGUUACUACAUCCUGAUGUUAAGAUUUAUUGUUGAGAUUUUUGGCAGUGCUGUGAUAAAACCAAAUGGAAAUUACCCACACUUUGCUUCUAAGCCAGACCUUAUUAAAGGCUAUGGACAUGUUUCCAUUAGGUUCAUAAUGCUUCACAAAAGGCAUUUAAGUUUAAUGGUACUGCUUAGAUAUAUAUGUUACUUUGAAAGUCUUGGGCAUCAUUAUCAUUGAUUUGUUAAUAACGCGUAAGUUCUUCCAAGUGUCCAUUAAAAUUAUUGUUCACAGAAGUUGCUAGUUGCUGGAGUCUAUGAUGGGUUUAACACAAAGCUCCAGUGGAAACAAUUCAAUAAUCUUUGCACCCAAUUACCAACCUUACAUAAAGAAAGGAACGCAAAAAUGUUAAACCUAUGUUUUUAUGAAACAUAGUUUUACAAAACAAGCAUCUUUUGUAAGAUAUGUUUGAUGAAAUAGUUCUGGAAACACAUCCAUCUGAUGUAUAUCAAAGUGGCAUAUCCUUCUGUGCUAAGCAAAUUCAUAUUGGUAUUUUGGAGCAGCAUGUUAUUUUUAAUAACUAUUUUUCUUAACUUGUUCACAGCUACAGCAACACUUGGAAGUUAAAUGGCUGAAAUUAGGGGUUUCAGACUUUUCUGCUCUGAAACUAUCUAAAACGUUGCUGAAGAAUUGUCCAAUGUUUGUAUCUGACAGGGAAACCAUAUGGUGUGGUAUGGCUUUUCCUUCCUCUUCAGGAUCACUUGCCAGCAUAGCUGAGAGUUAAAAGGUCACUCAAAUACCAAAAAUAACAGUAUUUCGUCCAACACUGCCUAGAAUUUGAAUAGUUCAACAGCCUUCCUGGCCUGUCAUUCAGGCCAGGUUUCAGAACUCUUAAGCAAGUUCAUGCAUUUGACAAAAAAAUAGAUAAUGGAAUUUUCUUUGUUAUUUUGAAAGUAUUUUCAUAUAGAGAGAAAUUCUCUAUUUCAGUGUGGCAAGCCUAAGGCAAGUGAUUAGUGACUCCUUUUUGAAUACUGUAAUUGUCCCUGUUUUUUUGCAGUGUUCUUUUUAAUUCUGUGUCAGCUAAAAUCCAGGAACCAGUUCACACAUUUUCAGACACUAUGUUUAAAAAAGAUCUUUGUUUUGCAUAGAACUCUCUACUGAGCCGGACUGUUCUCUCAACUCAGGAAAUUAAUGGGCUUUGCCAAUUCCCACUGGACAGGAUACUAAAAAUAUUGGUUUAACCAAUGCUGUGUAUUCACAAAUAAGUUUUCAUUGGCUAUCUGUAGAACUAGGAUUGUUGAAAAGCAAUAUAUAUGCAUAUCUAGACUUUGAUAAGUGCAAAUCUAGACUUGGAUUUGGUGUUUGGUCUCUUUGGAACUAACAUAUGUAUUUAAGGGUAAACAAACUGCUCUGAAAUCUUUUAAAUGUAUCUUUUUUAUCUUAUCAGCUUUAUCAGAAAUAGAGGCUAAUAUAGGAUAACAGCCAUAGGUCUAUGAAUAUUGUUGUUACAUGCUUAAAAAAACAAUUCUUACUAAAAAAAUUAAAGUUAUUAAUAGAAUAUAAAGGCAACUUUCUUGUAGACCCAGUGUCAGUUUGCUUCUUUUUUUAAUAAGUAAAAGUGAAUUGUUGCUUUAGUAUUAAAGACAAUAACAAUAGAUGAUAAUUUGCAGCCAUGGUUGCAGUCUACAAAAUGCCAAAUGUUAUGUCAUCAUCUUAAGUUUAAUGUGUUGGGUUGAAUACUUAUUUUAGAGUACUGUAUGGAAAAGAGUUUUAGAUUAAUGGCUUCAGAGUAUAAGUUAUUUAUUAAUACUCAUUUAAUACAGAAGUUGUCAAAUGUUUUGGACUAGCUGUCACAUUUUAAAUUUUGAGUGCUGUGGGUGGCACUUACAAAAUGGCUGCCUUGGGAUGUUGCACAACACAACAUGGCUGUCAGGGGAGGCAGUAUGGCAUAACACAAAACUGGAGAGAGUACAGUCAAUUGUGAAGUUUUCCCCAUAAUUGUAUUUCCAUAUUAGAAAAUGCUUAACUUCUUGAAUUUCUGCCUUCCAUUCAGCUGUUAAAGGCAGAAGAGCUUUUACCCAAUGCCAAUCCUAAAGCAAAGCCUAGGCUACCAUCCUGUACCCACUUAUCUGGGAGAAAGCCCCACUAAACACAUACUUACUUCUGAGUAGACAUGUAUACUAUUGUACUGUAAGGUAUUUAUAUGGAGAAUUUAUAAAAGGAGUGCUUAGCCUUUAGCUCCUGAACAUCAGGAGACAUGCCUAAGCCUCUUUGAAAAGUUUUCACAUUUGCCUUUUUGAGGGGGCAUUCUUUAAUGUGCACCCCCACUAGUUGUGUUGUUGUAUGUGCAGAAAAUAACUUCUAGGGACUACUUGAUCUCAGACAACCCCACCACAGGAAAGAUGUAUCGUGGUUGCUAGAUAAAAAGGAAGCAAAUGCUACAGAAAUUCCAAGGACAAUUAGAGAGAAGCAGGAAAAGUGCAUUAAAGGAAAGAGGAAAAGAGCUGUUCUUUAGAACCCCAGGGAUUCCUAUAGCCUGGUGUCGAAACAAUUCACUUAUCAAUCAUAGCUCCAAUUUCACUUAUUACUGCAGAUAAAACACAUUGGCAAGUAGGAGCAGCCAGGCUGGCUAAUUUCACGGAAGACAAUUAGGAGGGUCCUGCACAGUGUGCUUCAUCCUUUUUUUCUUUACAAGAGCUAGAGACUUACUUUUUUAAAAAAUGAACACUCAAGUCUGGGGCCCCUGCCUGGGGGUGCCAGUAAAGACAUUCAUGAGUGCCACAUUGGCUACACCUGAUUUAGUACAUUUAUAUCCAGCCAUUGUUCCACCACAGAACACAAGGCAGUGUACAUGCGGUUUCUAGGUGGUCUUUAUGCAAGCAUUCCAGACUUGUUUAGCUUCAGCAAAGUAGCUGCAUUCAUGUGCCUUUUGAAAAACCAGCUGUAAUUGACUGAGGGGUACCUAACUUUAUGCUCUCAGGAAGUUGUUGGAUUAUAACUCCAGUCAUCCCUGACCAUUGGCAAUGUUGGCUGGAUCUGAUGGGAGUCCCACAACAUCUGGACUUUAGGGUGCCAUCCUAUAUAUAUAUAUAUGUCUACUCAGAAAUAGGUUCAAUGGGAUGUACUCCAAAAUAAGUAAGUAUAAGAUUGUGGCCACAUUGCAAAAUCAGCUGUAUUUUUCAUCCGCUUUCUUUUAAUCUGAACAAGUAACUUUCAACAUUGACCUUGUCCAUCUUGAUUUUAAUUUCAAGUGUUGCUGUCCUGGCCACUUCAGUAGUUGCUUUAAAAACAGCACUCCUUUUUUUUCUUUAUAUCAUGUAGUUGUGGUUUAAACAUUUUCAGAUGCUAACACUCAGAUAUUAGAAAGUUAAGAACUCUAGUUUGGAAUGUGUUCAUAACUGUAGUUAGUGAUUAUUUGGUCUACCUUUUCUUUGUUGGCACAGUAAUUUUUGAACAUAUCAGAAUGAUCAUCCUACUAAAAAUCCUAGAAUUAAAUACAAAAAGAUAUUUUUCAACUUGUAUCUACCUUCCAACUUGUAUCUAGCUACCAUACUGAUAGUUAUGAGUAAAAAAGUAGAAAAUAGCAAUACACUUGCACAACUAUUCUGUAAGCUUCAGAACAUUAAUUACAUUGGGACAAAGUCUGUGCUGUGAUUCCUACCUGUCCCUCUUUUAGCUUCUUUUACCCAAGUUGUCAUAAAACUCAAUAAAAGGGCACAGUUGGGUCUGGUUCAGGCAUCAUGCCAUACCAUAGUUUCAUGUGUUAAGAAUGAACCACUGUGAGCCUUGGACUUGUGUUCCCCUCUUUCUCUGGCAUGGCUACAAGCUGGAAUUCAGAAGCUUUUGCUUCCAGCUUAGAUUAAUCACAUCCUGUUCUGAUGCCCAAAUGUGACAAACAUGUUACUGUUAACAAUAAGCCAACUUCAAACCAUGUUAACCACAGUUUAUGGUUUGGAGAACAUGGUAAACUGUGGCUGAUUGAAAUUGGAAGCAAACGCUUCUGAUCUCACAGCUGUGCUGGAGGUUGGGCAGAACACAUGAAUCUGAGGCUUACUGCAGCUUGCUCUCAUCAUACUAAACACGCCCAAUAUGCAACUGUGCAGGUACUUAAAAAAAUGCCACUCAUCACUUACAUUGUUUUCAUUUUGAAACAUCCUCUUUGCACAUAAGCUUUCUGUUUAUCUUUAUAUAAUUUGCAUGUGUCAGCAUAGUUAACUGUAAGUAUACUUUGAAGAAUAGGUCCACUUCAGUGAUGAGUUUCUCAAAAGUAAUUUGCAUUUAAACUCAAGGCAACUGAACUUUGACAAAUAAGUGACUUGCAAAUUAAAAAGUCAUUUUGGUGCUACAGUGGAGAAAAUAAAAUUGCUAGCUUGCCUUUCAUCUACUUAGCUUUCAAUUAAGCUAUAGUAAGCUGAAUCAAAACGUACUGAUUGAGAUAAUGAAGGUAGGUCUGGAACAUUUUUUUUUUUUGCCAGCAUAUGUAUUAUUGGAAAAGCUCAGACUGAAGGCCAUAUUCCAGAAGGCAGCAAAUUAUAUAACAUUAAAAAUGAUUAAAUCACCGUGAACAACAUGAACUAUGUUUUGGUGUAAUUGCUUUGUUUGUAGUGCUUCUUUUGCUUUUUCAUGUUUAUUCUGAUGAACAAGAAGAUACUUCUCAUCUUAACAUAAUCACAAAGAUAAUGUAAAUUCCAUGAACACAAUUGAAUUCUGUACAUGACAUGUUGUAUUAAAGCAGUGAUUCUCAAAUGGUGCGCCCUAAGAGGUGGCUAGGUGUGCCUCAAAUAUUAUGAAAGUAUAUUUUAAAAAUGAGAAGAAACCCAUUUGUAUAGGGUAAGUAAUAGUUUUCAAUAGUUUAUUUUUAUUCAUAGUUUAAAAUAUAUUAAUAUAUUUUUAAUUUUGUACACGAAGUGUGCCAGAAAAAAAUUAUAUGUUUUACAGUGCGCCGCGAACCAAAAAAGUUUGAGAACCACUGUAUUAAAGGAAAAUGUUCUUGGUAGGUCUUUGGAUUGGUAUUUGAAACAUCUUUUGGCUGAUACCAACAAGUUGACCACAGAGCUAGUAGCUAAGUUCCUUUUUCAGUUCAAAGAAUACGCAAAUGGUCCACUCUUUCAAACUGUAAUGUUCCAUUUUAAAGUCAUAUUUAUAUUUAUAUUUUGUUGUAUAUUUUAAAUGUUUUAUAGAUUGUUUUCUUUUAUCUGUUUAUUUGUUUUAUUAGGUCUGUGACCGUACAAUAAAUUGAUUGAUUGAUUGAUUGAUUGUAUUAAAGGGUUUUAAUACCCUGUCACAUUUUCAGCUUUGGUACUUAGAACUUUAGGAUCUGUGGCGCACAGAUAACUUUUAUGUAUAGGGGUUUUAUUUUGCACGUGAGAUACUCAGUUUUUAAGGCAGCCUCCCUGUUGCAGGUACAUGUGUCAGAGAUGAAUAUAACAGGUCCUUCUUGGGUUGGUUUCAAUUGUAGAAGUUCCGUCUUGUGUUAUCUGAAACAAAUCAAGCUGUCUGCAGUUAGUGCUACUGUGGUAUAGGGAACCUACAUCCCCCAUAUUCUAGAUUUUGUUUUGCCUCACUUUAAGAUGUUUUGUUACUUCCUCUUCCUGUAACUUGAGUACAUCUGAUGAAUUUCUCAAAUCAGUUCAAGAUUCUUUCAGCGUCUCUCAAAGUCAAAUUUGAUUGUGCUGAGGAGGAGAGCACAAAACAACAGAUCAUAUUUAGCUAGCGUUGUUGUUGUUGUGUUAUAUCUUGCCCUUCCUCCCAAAACAGCCCAGGGUGGCAAGAAAUAUUCAAGUGUUAAGUCCACUGUAUAUUUAACUGAAACGUUCAAUGAGGCUUUUGGAAGGUAAUCUUUACAACAGGUUGUAAUUUAAAUAUAUAUAUAUAUAUAGCAGAGUCAAGUAAAGUAAUUG